CAUGCUUUAGUUGGAAAAAAAAAAGAGUGAUGAAAGUGCAGUAAUUACAAAAGUAAAGUGGCAAUCGGUGCAUUUAACCCAUUUCUUUCACCUUCGGCUUCAAACGGUUCUCUCCGAAACACAGCGACGCCGAUGGAGCAGCAGGUGAGGAGCGUUUGUGAGCUCUCUCUGGACGCAGAGAAGCCUCUAUGUCUCCAGUUCAUGGCUUCAAUGAGGUCGCUCAUCGUCAACCCUCACACUUCCAAUUCCACAAUCUCUUCAACCCUCGAAAUCCUAAUUCGCUCCCUUCAACACGCCGGCGACUCGCCCCUCCGCCACCACGCUCUUAAACUACUCUACGAUAUUGCGUCCCUCCGUCCUUCUCUCUCCCCCGCUGUCUUCGAUGGCCUCCGUUCCAGCUUCUACUCGUCGCUCUCCGCGGGAUCAUCCACCUUCGCUUCCGAGAUACUGGCCAAGCUCGCUUCGUUGUCGGAUAAACACGGGAAUCCAGAAAUCGAGCUCGACGAUCGGAUAUUUGUCUCGCUGUGCUUUCUACCGUCGGUCACCGGGAGGCUGCAACUUCUCACGAAUGCGGAAAGGCUAGGGAUAGGUGCUUCCGUGUUGUUCACUGUGUUCUUCGGUUUGACGAAAGAUCCUUAUCCUUAUGUGAGGAAAGCUGCAUUGGACGGCCUAGCUGGAUUAUCAAGAUGCAACGAGUUCGAGGAUGUUGGCUUGAUCGAAGGAUGCUUCCGUCGAGCUGUUGAGCUUCUGCGGGAUGCCGAGGAUUGUGUGCGUUCUGCAGCGGUUCGCGUGGUAAUUGAUUGGGGUACAAUGCUCUUCGCAGCCCAUAAAGAGAAAGAUACAAUGGGGAAUGUUGUAUUUAUUCAGCUAUGUUGUGUAGUGAGAGAUAUGAGCGUGGAGGUCAGAGUUGAAGCAUUUAAAGCCCUUGGCAAGGUAACCGAGUCCAUGGUAUCUGAGGAGAUUUUGUUACAGAGUCUGUCUAAGAUCACAGGGGCCUUGGAAAAGAAGAUUGCUCAAGCUAAGUCAUCCGAAGGAAAGAAAGAAAAUAGAUCUCAAGCUCAACUGACUUCGAGGGUGCUUCAAAUGUUUGCAUCAAAUGGUGCGGGAGCCUUUCUGCAUGGGCUUGAGGAUGAGUUCCACGAGGUGGUGAAGUCUGCCUGUUGCUCAUUGCGUAAGCUGGUCCGCCUUUCUGCUGAGUUUGCUGGGCAGACCUCGAAUCUGUUAAUCAAUAUGCUGAAUGAUCACACAGUAGCUGUCAGGUUAGAGGCUUUGGAAACGUUGCAUUAUAUGGCGGGACAUGGUUUUGUUAAUGUACAAAAGGAGCAGAUGCACAUGUUCCUCGGAACACUUGCUGAUAAGAGUGAUAUAAUCAGAUAUGCUGCCAGAAGAACUUUCAGAUUGGUUAAGCUGUCUGAAGUGGAUUGUUUUAGGAGCUCAGUUAGCAGCCUUCUAAAAAAUUUAGAGGUGCAUCCCCAGGAUGAAGCUGAUACCUUCUCUGUUCUGUUUCAUUUGGGUCGAAACCAUGGAAAUUUUGCUUCGCAAGUGAUCAAUGAUGUUUGCGACCAGCUCGAGCCAGUUUUUGAGGGAACAUUAAGCCUCGAUAGUGCAAAUACAGCAGCUUACCUUGUACUUUCCAUCUCAGCUCCACUUUCUAAGGAUCAUAGAGGAAAACAUAUACCACCACAUUUAUAUUCUUUUGCAGUUACACAUAUAGGGAGGAUCUCUCUUGGUUUGGGUGACAUUAUGGACCAGACUACCCUGUUAACUUAUUUAACCGAGAAGAGCAUAUCAGCCAGCUCUGUGGCAGAAUUCAUACCUGAGGAGCAUCCAAGGUCUCCAGUUGUUCAUGAUAUUCCUAGCCAGGAUGAUAAGAAAAGCAAUACAACUUCAUUGCAGCUGGUACCAUGUGAAUCAAGUGGUAAUAUAGCAGCAACAAUUGUAUCUUACAAUCAAAAUGAUGAUACCAACAUCCUGAAAUGCUUGAAUCUUAUACUUGGAAGAGUCAGAGAUAUUUGGUUGUUUGGAAAAUCAAGUUGUAACUCUGAAGCACUGAGAACUCUGAGUGCUUGCAAGGAAGAGGUGUCAAUGUACAGGCCCAACUCCCCUGAAUCUUCUGGUGCAUGUGCAUUUACAUUGCAAUAUGUCCAAGUGGUUAAGAUACUAGCCAAAGUAUCAGGCCACAUUUUCUAUUUUCGACACUCUCACCAAAUAGGCGAGUUGGAGGUCCUACUGAGCAAGUUAGACUACAGACUCAGAGAAAUAAGGUCGAGAUUUAUAGGGUUCUCUAAGGAAGAGGAUUUGCAAAUCUUGGAGCUUGUUCUCUUUUCUUGCUUAUUAAAGCUAGCUACAGGCAAUGUCAGCUGCUGGGGUACUACUUUGACUACAAGGUUGUUGGCCACAAUCUCACAAGUGGAAUCUCUCCGCCAGGAAGGAUCGAUGGAACCAUCUAGCUUUGUAGCCCAAGUUAAGCAGACAUUAAACCAGGCCGGCAUUCUCUCCACUGCUCCCCUCUUCUUUAAAAAGUUGGCUGAUAACUUCUCCCUUGGGCAGUUCACUUUAAGGAGUAAGAUUACACAUGUCAGUGCAGAAUUGGUUAUCCCCGGGUAUGAUUCCCACCAUCCUCUACCUUUCGUCCCGGGAUUGCCUGUAGCUAUACCUGUGGAUAUCACUUUGCAUAACAUAUCCAGUGAGGGUAGGCUUUGGCUGAGUUUAACAUCAGAUGAUGGUCAGUUGACUCAGUUUCUGUUCUUGGAUCCAAAUCUACAAGUGGUUUCUGUUGGAGCGAAGAUGAAGAAGAAGAUCUCUAUGUCCGCACCCUUUUAUGGACCCCCGAAAGCCAGUUCAUUCAGUUUGAGAGUCUGUCUGGCGAUGGAAUGUACGUCAGAGGAUGUCUUGUUAGCCAAAGGACGUGGUGGUCCGAAACAUCCAUUAGUAUAUCUUUGCCAGGAGAAAGAAGUUUAUCUCCAGAGGGUUGAGCGGAAAUGAACUCAAAGAGUCUCGUAUGCUUGUCAUUGAGUGUUCAUACAACAACUAAAUCGGCUCGCUGAGAGUAUUUCCCUCGUGACCUGUUGGAUAACAUAGCCAAGCUUGCCCUUCGUAGAGCCAGAUGUACGUUGCAGAAUUUGGUUUCGAAACAAUGCCUUCCGCCGAUCAGUGCAAAGUGCAAACUAACUAAUCCUUCUUUGCCGAUCAUUUUGCUGCUGAAUUCAGGUUGAGGAACGAAUGGUACCAUGUAAGCCAUGCAGACGGCAUUGCAGUACAGCCCAGAGAAACAAGGAACUGCCCAUCCACUGAAUUGGGCCGUUGUCUUGGGCUCUUGAACAAGAGUAUUGGCACUACUGGAUCAGGUGAAACACCUUGUCCCUUUAGGGGACAUCCGAUAAAAUUGGAACGAUACA